AUGUCACCUCAAGAGGUCAUGGCGCCACCCAGAAAUGAUGGGCACGGCACUACCACCAUGGAUGGUGAAACAACUCGGGUUGGGUUUACCAAGUCGUAUGCAUCUGUUUUGACGCAGCCUUCGGUUCCCCUGGCUUCUCUUCCUCCCCCAGUGGUUGAGCGUGGCAAAACAACUGUGACUAUAUCAGAGGAUGGUUAUCAAUCCGGUUUGGCUAGAUGCAAGCAUAUGCUCUUGGGUCGUCUGCAAUUGGCUCCUAAAGAUAAGCCGUAUUCUCCAUCUGAUUUGCAUAAGAAACUAGGUCUUCUUUGGGGUGAGAUUGGUCGCUGGAGAAUUAUCCCAAUGGGCAAAGGGUAUUAUUCAUUCAGUUUUUCUUCAGAGGACUAUGUUUCCAGAACUUGGGCGAAGGGCUCCAUUGCUUUAAAGCUUGGAACUCUGCGUCUCAUGCGCUGGAUACCAAAUUUUUCCCCUGCGACUCAGCGUAAUACCAAUGCUCAGGUGUGGGUGAAAUUUUGGGAUCUUGGGCUGGAGUUUUGGGAGCCUACUACACUCUUUGAGAUUGCCAGUGGUAUUGGCGUCCCAGUGAAGAUUGAUGAGAAUACAUUGCAUCAGAUAUUUGGUUUCACUAGGGUUUUGGUAUGUCCAUGA